AUGCACGUUGCCGACAAAGGUCUUGGAUUCGAUGCCCUCCCUAUGAAUGCGAUUCACAACCGGUGGAGCUCGUUCGCUGCUUUGGCUAUUAGAGACGACCUUGUUGCCGCAGCUGACAAGUUGCGGUCUGUUGUGAGGCUGUCCAAGUUAAAGUUGCCGAAAGAAAGGUUGCUGGAUGACAACGAUGAAGUGGCGAGUACUUCGCAUCACAAGAGCCCCAAACAGGUAGCUUACGUUCGACUGCGCCGCAAUGAACGCGCGAACCAUGUGGUUCUUUCGUCUGGAGAGAAAUAUUCCUACGCUAAGACGAUGCUGGAGCCGCUACUUCAGCACCUGUCUGGUUUGCCGAGCUCGGAGUUUUACAGCGAGCUCAAAGCUUGGAAAGAAACUGUUGAUAUGGGGUUGCGCAAGGGUGGACCAAGGUCAACAGAAGCAGGUACCAGUGAUGGGAUAGUUGAGUUUCAAACUCGAUGUGAGGUGGAUAUGCUCGAAGAUUUCGAUCCUAUGGAUGCCAUGGAAGCUGCCGAUCUCAUGCAGGCGAUGGAGAGCACCCAGGUGGAGUUGAACCAGAAGCGGAAGGCAAAACCUCGGGGCAAGAUGGAGAACACCUUCGCGACGGCCUCACCACGGAUGUUUCGCCACCACCGUCUGAGCGCCAAGUAG